ACAGGGAGUGUCUUCAGUCAGCUGUUAUGUGCCGCCGCGCACUUUCUGGACUUUGUAGACCGGCAGCUCCACGGUAAAACGCAUAUAAACCAGUGGAAAGAGCACUUACAGCGUCAGGAAAGUUCGAGAAAACGCACAUUACCACUGUGAUACGCGUAUAGUUUAGUGCGUAAUUACGCUACUGGAAACUUAAUUAGACAACUUUUUCUGGGGGUUUUGUUUUUGUGUUUUUUGUUGUUUUUUUUUUGUUUUUUGCUUUUGCUGUGAAAUUAUAACGGAAUCAGUUGUGCGCGCCUUUUAAUAAUUACACGUACUCGGAUAUCUAACAAAAAAAGUUUUUGGACCACAAACUUAUCUGAACCCAAGUUGCACCAUGGCAGAGGGGGAUUUCUACACUAUGGGCAACCGACAGAGAAACCCACGGGAUCCCUUUAGGGAACAGUCGCUCGCGUCGCAAUUUAUGAACGAUGAGUUUGGAAUGUCACCCUUUCCCGACGACUUAUCCAUGGACUGGCCCGGCUGGGCUCGACCUCGAAUGAGCACCCGGCUCGACGCGCCGUGGACGGGCUCGUUGCGCACGGGCUUCCCGCGGACGAGCAUGGGCGCGCCGCAGGGCUUCAGCUCCAUGUACAGCGAGACCCCUCGCAGGGUCAGCACUCCACAGAACAACCCAGACGAGCCGUGGAAAGUGUGCGUGAACGUGCAGAGCUUCAAACCAGAGGAGCUUAAUAUCAAAACUAAAGACGGCUUUGUAGAGGUGUCAGGGAAACAUGAGGAAAAGCAAGACGAGGGUGGAGUUGUUACCAAAAACUUCACAAAGAAAAUUCAGAUCCCAACUGACGUAGACCCUCUUACUGUGUUUGCCUCUCUGUCUCCGGAGGGAGUUCUCAUCAUUGAAGCACGACAGACCCCUCCAUACUACCUCUACUGCAAUGAAACACCCGCAGAAUCCAUGGAAGAACCAGAGGCUAAACCUCAGGAACCCAGCAUGGCCUAAACCCCAUUCUUUGAAUCGCAGCACUGUCAUGGAGCAAACAGUGGCUCGCAUGCCCAUGGUUAUUUGUUCCAAGCAAGUGCCAUAGUUUGAUCAGUUUCAUACAUUUUCUUAAACAAAAAGUCAUUAAUUUGCUCCAAAACUAGUUAAAUGAGCUCCACAGUCCAUAUAUCAGUUGUUAUACUAAAUGGUUUGUUGUUGAAAAAACGAAUGGAAUCGAGCUUCCAGUCAAUACAUUAAAUACAAUCAGGUCUCAUAAAAACAUACAUUUUUGCAAAAUGAUUGCUACGAGGCUCGUUUUACACAUCACAGAAUUUUCCUUUGAAAUCAACGCUAGAGGCGUGAAAAACAAUUACCUUUAUGCCCAAAAACACAAAUCAAAAGUAAAAUAGCCCUGUUCCUCACACAGACACUUUUACUAUACUACAUGAUGUUGUAAAGUGAUACAUUUUAACGUAUUACAUAUCAAACUACAUAUACAAUCUUAUUCGAGAGUGAUCAAAUAGUGUCGUAGCUCAACUGAUAGAGUGCUGCGAGUCCUGAUGAGCGCACGAGUCAACACUUAAGUGUCAUAUAAGAACCACAAAAUUACAUGGUUGCUUCAGCAAUUACGUUUUUCGUGUCACAAUUGCUUUUUAUUACACUAUCGGUUAGGUUAAGGGGAUGGGGGUAGGUUUUGCUCAUUUAAAACUUGACAGAGCAUCGAUUAUGGAGAAAAUGUAACUCGCUUUUAGCGCCUCAUAGUGGACAUUUCACACUUGAACUACUGUGAUACUUGUAAGGAGCCAUGUAAGAUAAUUUUGCAAAAAUGUUGCCACAGUCCCAUAAGUUUAAAAGGAUAAUUCACCCAAAAAUGAAAAUUCUCUCAUCAUUUACCCACCCUCAUGCCAUCCUUGUAUGACACAUCUGGUAUGACUUUCUUUCUUCCGCUGAACACACAUUUUUAGAAGAUUUUUAGAAAGAUAUUUCAGCUAUGUAGGUCUAUAGAAUGCAAGUGAAUGGUGGCCAGAACUUUGAAGGUCCAAAAAGCAUUUUAAGGCCGCAAAUCACUAAAGUAAUUUUUUACUGUAAAUCUCCACUUUCUUUUUUUUGGUGAUUCGCAUUCUUUGUGCAUAUCGCCACCAACUGGGCAAGGAGGAUAAUUAUUUAUUAAAAAAAGACUUAAAUAUUGAUCUGUUUCUCACCCACACCAAUCAUAUCGCUUAAGAAGACAUGGAUUAAACCACUGGCGUCAAAUUGAUUACUUUUAUGCUGCCUUUAUAUGCUUUUAGGACCUUCAAAGUUCUGGCCACCAUUCACUUGCAUUGUAUGGACCUACAGAGCUGAGAUAUUAUUCUAAAAAUAUUUGUUUGUGUUCAACAAAAGAAAGAAAGUCACACAUAUCUGGGAUGGCAUGAGGGUGAAUAAAUUAUGAGAGAAUUAAAAUGUUAUUGUGAACUAACCCUUUAAGGCCCAAAAUUGGCCACGAACAUACUCUACAGAAGUAUGUGAAUGUAGGCACAAAUGCUUGGACAACAUAUUGCCAGAGCACAUGCAUUUUGUACCUAUGUGCAUUACUGUGCCGUUAACAUACCUCAGUACUCAAGGGGCUCAAGGGUCUAAAAUUAGACUUUAAGUGUAACUAGGUGUAUUAUUAUUUACGUAACGUGUUGACAGUUUUACUAACUUAAACUUGCUCAGCAAAAUUCUCACAAUUGUUGCUCUGCCAUGACAGUAGCUGGCCUGAAGGAGAAAAAAGACUGUAAAACAAGACAAUGUAUGCAAUUGCCUGCUAUUGUUGCACCACUGUGAAUACAACACAAAUUUGUGUUAUGAAUUGCUUUCUGAUACAACAACAACAAAUUAAAUCAAGCUUUCAUAGAUAUACAUUUUUGUGAUCACAUACUUGCAUAGGUAUUGUUUCAGGCCUAAGGCCUUCUUCUGAAGUUUUUCAGUUAAAAUAAAUUUGUUUCGGCCCCUGAGUACAAAUGUAGAAGACUCUAUUUAAGUCAUCUAAAUAUUUGUCCUGCUGGACUUAAAGGUCUUCUCUGAAAACUGGGCCUGAGUACUGGAGCUCUUUCUCAAGGGUUAUGGAUUGACUCUUUUCUGUUUUCUUUUUUGCGUGUUCUCGUUUUCUUUUUGUGUAGGUAUGUAUGCUACGCUUUUUUAUAAUAAAUGACAUUUACAAACGCAAGCCUUUUAUUUUCUCUGCAGUUAGUAAAUGAAAUGCAUUACACAUAUAGUAUGUCAUGUUCUCUACUGUUGUACCUGUGUGUUUCUAUUCACCCAUAUAAAAUAUUUUAAAUUCCACACGGAAUCUGUGCCUGUAGAAAUGUACGCAGAAUUGGAACAACUACAUCCCGCAACGCUUGUGUGUUUAUUUAAUAAAUAUUUUCUCUAAUAUGAUUAUGUUUUCAGCUACCAAUAAAAGUGUAGUACUCUGAGCUCUGUUUUACUAUUACCAUGUUUAAAUCUGUACCACAGAAUUCCACAGAUUUCCCCCCAAAAUCGGAAGAGAAAAUGUGAAAAAGUAAACAUAAUCAGUAUGGGCCUGGUAAUA